AUGUCGAGAACGCAUGUGAGGAAAGACAAGAAGAUAAAUGGACUGCUCCAAAAGACCCCAAGAUGCUUUCCAUUUCCCACGCCGUUCUGUUGUGGCGAUGACCGUCACCAUGCAAUGCCCAUGACGAAGAAACAUUUCAAUGCUCCAACAAGAGCCAUUCAAUCAAAUCGAGUCUAG